UCUUGUCUCCUCUCUUCCUUGUGUCUUCUCCUGUGUUGACUUCCAGAGAGUAUGCAGGUAUUCCUGAUAUUCCUGACUGCAGCUGCUCUAUCUGUCGAGGGAGAAGAGGAGCAGGGACAUUCUGAAAACUGAUCAUCCAGGUCUUGCAUGAGUGAAAGCAAGAAAGGACUUUAGCAGCUGCAGCUUUCUGAGUUUAUUAAUACCGUUACCUCUAAACUAACAUUUAAUUUAUCAGCCCUUAUCCCUUUUAGCCCAUAACCCUUCAGUACAAAUGCCUAUGCCUUCUAGGGCAUUAAGCUAGUUUUGUUUUAAUUUUUUUUUUCCAAUUCAGUAAGGCUUUUCCUUUUUAUUUUCCUGUCGGUUGUUUGAAAACAAAUUCAGUAUGAAUAAGAGAGGGAAAUAUACAACAUUGAAUUUGGAGGAGAAAAUGAAGGUUCUAAGUAGGAUUGAAGCUGGACAAUCUCUUAAAAAUGUAAUGGAUGAAUUUGGAAUCAGUAAAUCAACAUUUUAUGACAUUAAAAGGAAUAAGAAAUUGAUUUUGGACUUUGUACUGAAGCAGGAUAUGCCAUUAGUCGGGGCUGAGAAGAGAAAGAGGACAACAGGAGCCAAAUAUGGUGAUGUGGACGAUGCCGUCUACAUGUGGUAUCAACAGAAACGCUCAGCUGGUGAACCUGUUAGAGGUGUAGAGCUUCAGGCUGCUGCAGAGAGAUUUGCACAGUGUUUUGGGCAAACAGACUUCAAAGCUAGUACUGGUUGGCUUUUUAGAUUUCGAAAUAGGCAUGCAAUUGGGGACCAAAAGGUAUGUACGGAACAAGUCUUAAGUUCAGUUUCAGAAAAUGAGGCAUUUCGACAGAAACUGUCCAUGCUUAUCAAAGAGGAGAAACUGUGUCUAGCUCAACUAUAUAGUGGGGAUGAGACUGACCUCUUUUGGAAAUCAGUGCAAGAAAACACUCAGGCAAGUAGAAAAGAUAUCUGCCUGCCUGGAAGGAAAAUACACAAAGAACAGUUAUCUGCUCUCUUAUGUGCAAAUGCAGAUGGAACUCAUAAGUUAAAGUCUAUCAUUAUUGGAAAAUCAAAGCUGCCCAAAAAUGUGAAAGAGGACACAAGUACGUUACCUGUUAUAUAUAAACCUAGUAAAGAUGUUUGGUUCACCAGAGAAUUAUUUACAGAAUGGUUCUUCCAAAAUUUUGUUCCUGAGGUCAGGCAUUUUCAACUUAAUGUUCUAAGAUUCCAUGAAGAGGAUGUCAGGGCCUUGUUACUUCUGGACAAUUCCCCAGUUCACCCUUCUGCUGAAUCACUAACUAGUGAGGAUGGUCGAAUAAAGUGCAUGUUCUUUCCCCACACUUCAACCUUGAUUCAACCAAUGAAUCAAGGUGUGAUCUUAAGCUGCAAACAACUUUAUAGGUGGAAGCAACUUGAAGAGAGUCUUGUAAUUUUUGAAGAAAGUGAUGAUGAGCAAGAUAAAGGAGAAAAAGGAGUUUCCAAGAUUAAAAUCUACAAUAUAAAAAGUGCAGUUUUUAAUUGGGCAAACAGUUGGGGUGAAGUAAAACAAACCACCAUAGCAAAUGCAUGGGAAAAUCUUCUUUAUAGAAAGGAACCUGAAUAUGAUCUUCAAAGAUUAGAAAAUAAGGAUUAUAGACAAAGUCUUAAGAAAUGUGGGAAAUCUGAAACCAAGCUGGAUUGUGAUAGGGUGUGGUUAAAUGGGGGUGAUGAAGAAAAGGGUAGUCCCCCAAAAUCAAAAGGUGGGAUUAUAAAGGAAGUUGUUCAAAAAGGAGGAGGAGCUCAAGAGCAGAAUGCCGAAUUUAAGUUAUCUGCUGUAAGAAAGAGUUUGGACUACCUUCUUGACUUUGUUGAUGCCACACCUGAGUUUCAAAAGUUCCAUUUCACACUGAAAGAGAUGCAACAAGAAAUAAUCAAGAAACAGUUCCAGAGUAGAGUCCAUUCUAGAAUUGGUAGCUUUUUGAAACCGAGGCUUCAUAAUAUUAAGGAUUCUUUCAGUAUGCCUUCGACUUCUGGUUCUAGUAAUUAGGUUUUGUGUUUAAAGAUUUCUGAAGUUAUAUGAUAAUACAUGAUGUAGACCUAUUGUGGAUUGUCACUGUUUUUAUCAGCUGACCUCAUUUUGCAUAUCAAUGUCCAUUUAUAUAUUGUUUAUAAAAUACACAAUUUGAAAAAUG